GUUCGCCUUCAGCUCGGUGGUCUACGGCACCAGCUACCGGUCCAUGAACUCCAUGGCAAAGCCGUCUUUCACAGACGAUGGCAGCCUUGCCGACGGGGGAAUUGACCUGAAUAUGGAGCAGGGGAUGGCAGAGCACCUCAAGGAUGUGAUCCUGCUGACAGCUAUAGUCCAAGUGCUGAGCUGCUUCUCACCCUACGUCUGGUACUUCUGGCUCUUGGCUCCGGGGCGCGCGCUCUACCUCCUCUGGGUGAACAUCCUGGGGCCCUGGCUCACAGCAGAGGCCUCACCCACCGCCCAGGAGCCCAACGAGAAGAAGCAGCGCCGACAAGAACGCCGGCAGAUGAAGCGUUUCUAGCCCUGGCCUGGGGGUAGAUAACGUGAUCUCUCAUCUCCACGCUGUUGUUUCAUCAGGGAUGCGACCGAAACCAAUCCGAAACCACCGCAGUAGCUCUCGCCCCUCUGCCACUGCUGCCAUUCCGCUCGAAAGGCCGCAAGAGACUUCCCUUGGUUGGGUCUUGGUGCCGGCUGAGGCCUUGCUCCUUGGGAUGACAAGGGGGGGGUGAUGCUGGGAUGUGUGUAAAUACCUUUUUAAAGCAGUGCUGUAUCGCGUUCGAGGUUGGGGAGUGCAAUGUUGGAGGAAAUAGUACAUUAAAGAGCAGAGUCUAA